UCUAAUAUUGAUUUUUUUUUUUUAAGCAAGCAGAGUUCGUUACAAUCUGCUUUCGGGUGCGAACCGAACCCAAAUUCCAAUGGCUGCAAAAGACGAGCUCGCCGAGUCUCUCAAUGACCUCUUCACCAGCGUCUCCACCAUGGUCAAAUCGGAGCUCCAGGGAACAACCAACCACAUGGAGCUCUUAGAGAAGAUGAAUCUGAGAGUCGCCGAGGAAUACAAAGGCUUCGGCGACGUGGCCUCCGGGCUAAGCGUUUUCGUGGAGCAGCUCAGGUCCAAAACCGGCAGCUUCGACGAGUAUGUGAAGCAGAUUGAUGUCAUAGACCAGCAAGUCACCGAAUUCGAAGCUGUGGUUUCAGUGCUUGAUCGAUAUGUGGCCAUGUUAGAGUCCAAGGUCCAAUCCGUGUACCAAAAUCCAUCGUCUUCUUAGUUCGAAUUGUUCAAUGUUUUCAGUGUCUGUGAAAUUUGUUAUGUCUCUGUGUGUUUGAAUUUUACUAAGUACUGUGUGUUCAACUUCAAUCCAAUGUAGUGAAAUUAUAUGAUCAAAUUUGAACAAUGCAGCAGCUUCAUAGCUC